CCGGAGAAGAAGACGCCUCCUGCAGGUGUCUGUAGGAAGUAGCCAUGCAUGGAAGAUUGCGGGAAAAACAGUGAUUUUUCCCUAAAUAACACAACACCAACAAAGACGACAGCACCUUUAAAAAGGGAAUUGUUGUUUUCCUUUAAGGUGUCCUGGGAGCCGCCCCCGUCGCCAUGGGAACGACGACGAGCGAGCCGUGCAUCUACGACAAGCUCUCAGAGAGCAUCGACAUACUUCGCCAGUCAGGCUACCGUUACGGCAUGUCCGAGCGGGAGAUUGAGCGCUUCAUCAAGCGCAUGCUUGAGACCAACGAGCCCCGACACGAGCCCCCACAGUUCCCACUCCUCAGGGCCACAGUCAAGCUGUUGCUGGCGGUGGGUUUCUUGCUGCUGGCGGCGUUGGUGUUCACAUACCCACAUGACGACCCGUAUAUGGGCACUGCCCGCCCAGGGUCUUGCAAUUGGUCGUCCCCAUUUAGCCACGUGAGACUGCUGGCGCUGCCCAUUGCCAAAAAAUACAACCUGCAAGGCUUCCACGAGUGGUGGAGUUUGGGCUCGCCCAGACAUAGCCUGGUCAACUGCUCAGGUUGCGCCGAGAUUUCUACGGUUCUGGAGGUGCCGGAGAGCCUCCGAGGUACAGUCACGCUGCGACGUGGGCCGCAACUAGUGCUAUUAAAGGGCGGCGAAACACUUUGCAUUGAGCGACGCCAGCUAGAGGAACUCUACCUGGCCCACUCUGCUUCCGUGUCCGUCCUGCUAGAAGAUGACGAGGAGGCGACACACAACCUAAACACCGGGCUUCCGCAAGGACCCGCCAACUUCACGCUGCUAUGGAAGUUCAGCUCUGCAACAAGAGAAAAAGUGUUACGGUGGCUCUUUCCAAAGGCGGAACUGUGCCCCCUGUUGGACAGCGCCGGCACUGUCCUGCAACGCUGCCUGGUCACACACAACACGGACACACAGAAGCAGGGUGUGGCAGUCCUCGGAUGGCUGGUCGUGGGGGAGGGGCUUCCCACAGUGAGAGUUCUUCCCGUUCCACGGUGCCAAAAACACUGCAGCUCCUUUAACUUGUGGCUCAACCCUGGAGAUAUGGUGUAUGCGGACCCUCGCUACUGGCAGAUGGCGCUCUUCCCCGGACCAGGACAGAACAUUGUGUGCGACGGUUCGGCGUUUUAGCUAGGUCUGCUGAAAUUAUUUUGAUAGUCGAUCAAUCACAUUGUUUUUGGGGUGGAUCAACUCAUAGCAUUUUACCUAGAAAUGUACAAGGAAUUUUUAAUUGUAUAGCACAAGUCAACACAUUAUGACAGGGGUGUCCAAACUUUUUGCAAAGGGGGCCAGAUUUGGUGUGGUAAAAAUGUGGGGGGCCGACCUUGACUGACGUCCUUUACGCAGAACAAUAUGUUUAAGCAAAUUUUAGCAAGCCAUUCUGUGUGUCACAUUUGCUUUAUUAUUAUUUUUUAAUUAAUAAUUUCAACAAUCUCGCAACUAGUGUUCUCUUUCGACUCUCGGGCUCUUGCGAAAUACUGCUGCUGUGAAAUUAAACUAGCUUCAAAAGUUGCUUCAAUUUCUCGCUGCGUAUCUUUCCCGUAAUCUUGUCGUACAUGUCAGUGUGUCUUGUUUGGUAAUAUCGCCUCACAUAGAAUUCUUUAAAAACAGCGAAUGUCUCUUUGCAAAUGAGGCAGACACAGUUGUUGCGUAUUUUAUAGAAGAAAUAGUCCAAUUUCCACCUAUCCUUGAAGCGUCAGCCGUCGCAGUCAACUUUUUUGUUGUUGUUGAUUGUCGCCAUUUUAGAAAAUUGGAAGUCAAGGAUCGCAUGACAUAAUGUUGCUUAGAGUGCUGCUGCCUUUUAUUGGGUAAAUGAGGAGCAGCAUUUAGUGUGUAAGCUACUUCAUAUGCUGGUAGCAGUACUGCUGACCAAUUUAUUCAGUCUGUGCGCGGGCCAGACGUUAUUGAUCUUAUGACAGAGGCUGGGGGCCGGAUGAAAUUUUACCACGGGCCGCAUUUGGCCCCCGGGCCGCACUUUGGACAUGUCUGCAUUAUGAUAUGCUUUACAUCAGUGUUUUUUUUAACCACAGACCGGUGUGAAGUGCCCCCCCCUCCACAAACUGGCAAUGUGUGGCAGAAAAUUACAGUAAAUAUAGAAUAACACAACAGCGCUAAAAACGAACAAUAAGUGCAGGAAAAAUUCACCAUACGCUGAAUCAACCUGUUUUAACAGCGGCCUCUCCUAAAACUUGACGGCAAAUAUCCUUGGUCGCAGGCAUAAUGAGUUCUCCAAUCGUGAGAAGUUUUCUUGCUUCAGCAUAACUGUUCUCCACGAGGUACGCUCUCAGUGCAUUCGCUUUUGUUCCCUCGUUUGCUAGCUUUUUGCCACAUAUUAUGCAGAAUGAACUUGGUUGUAGGCUCCUUCCCUUGGCUCAUCAGGUGGCCUUUUCCCCGUUAAAAAAGCUGUCGAAAGACGUCGCCCCCCCAGCACACAGCCAGAAGCAGCUAACGUUACUGUUUACAUGGACUGACUCUAGGUGUGCAAACAUCAGUAAUGGCGGUCAAGCACGAGAGGGCGAUGUACACAAAUAUACUCGGAUUAGUCAAGAGGAACAGGCCAGAAUGCGGUCGAUGAAUUAUUUCUCUGCGGCUCAGUAAGCGCCACGGACCAGUACCGGUCCCCGGCCCGGUGGUUGUGGAUCACUGCUUUACAUCAUGAGAAUAAAGACUUAAAAAACAGAAAUGGAAAUAGAAAUAAAAACACAGAUGAAUGGAUUUAAAAAAAAAAAAAAGUACUUGAACAAGUGGGGCAGUUAUGAAUACGUUGUAGUAAACAAGGAGCUAAACUGUUUGAGCUCACCUCAGAUCUUCAGGUCAUUUGCUCCAGAGGAGUGAAGGUUGGUGGGUACGGGAUUUUCAAAGGCCAAUAGAGAUUUAAAUUUUUUUUUUAAUUUAGCCCAUGUCUACAGUAGAUUUUAUAAGAUAUAAUUUUUUUUUUUUUUUUUUUAAAUCACCAUGAAAGGCCAUUGAAACACUUUUAUAAAUGUGUAUGUUAGAAAGGGUGCUAAAUCACAACAAAGAUAAUGAUCCAAAAGAGUGAACGUUAUCCUAUUACAUUGGCCGAUCUUUAAAGAUCCUCACCCAAACAGUGAAAUCAAGUUAUCUUAUUAUAUUGCCUGAUAGCCAAUCUUUAGAAAAAGCCUAUAUGUUGGCCCGACAUAUUGGUUGACAUUUAUAUAUUGAGCACUUGAUGUAGCUUUCAUAAUGGACAUGGAUUUUUUUGUAAGUAUAUGCUUACAAAAUAGGCAACUGGCAGAUAUAUAUAUAUUUUUUAAAUUAAAUCUGUAUUGGAAGCUGAAAAUUCCAUAGUUGUCAACGUCUAACUAGAAGGUUUUUUUUCUUCUCUUACUUCCUUUUGUAAUACUGUCCAUUAGGUGGUGCAAAAUCACAAUUACUAAAUACCAAACCUGAGCAUUUUAUCUUACCAGCAGAGCUUGAAAAAAGGCUUAUAUAAUCAGCCCGCCGAUAUAUCGGUUGACCAUAAGAAAGAUGGUUGAUGUGUUUUUAAAACGAAGUAAAAACUAAAAACAACUUACUAUGAAAUAACUAUAUUUUAACUUAAAAAAUAAAAAUUGCAAAAUUAAAGAAUAUAGUCUUUUUUUUUUUUUUUAAUUUGGGCUGUACAAUUUCCAGGUCAACCAUUUUUCUCAACGAUUCAUCGACUAUCAAAAUACUUGUCGAUUAAUGUUGGCAGCCCUAGUUUUAGCGCUUGGACGGCACAGUCCCUUCUGCUGAGGAUGCCUUAUAUCCCCAAGGGAACUGGAAACAUGGUGCGAAAAAGCACCACGUGCCAAAAACAGGACGCCAAGCUGUACAAUCAACAAGUGUGACCCCAACCCCCUGCCCCACCCACACAAACGGUCCUGGAAUGACACACUUUCGGUGCCACCUUCCUGGACCUGCUUACCAGUUUUUCAUUUUGCACACAAAAAACAAAAGGCUGCUUCUCUUGUUUUUUUUCUGUAUUAUUUAUUGCUGUUAUUGGAUGUAUGUGACACAAAUAUACACAGAAUUCUGUAUUAUAUGUGUUAAAAUGUUGCAAUUUUGAACUCGUGGGACCAAAAACAUGAUUGAAAGAUGAAUGAAUAAAAAAAUAUGAAUGUCUUCGAAGGAAUUUUGUUUGUGCUUUUAUUUUUCUUAGUUU